AUGGUUGCACUUGUGAAUUGGAAGGCUAGCUUGGGCGGUGCCAAUGAGUUCCUUGAAUCAUGGUCAUCAGCCAACUCCACCAGCAUCUGCAGAUGGAAGUAUAUCAGCUGCAACUCGGCCAGGCACAUCAGGGAGCUCGACCUCAAUGAUGCAAAUCUGAACGGCACACUUGAUGAGUUCGACUUCUCGGCCUUUCCCCACCUGAAGAGACUCAUUAUGUACCAGAGCGGCCUCUACGGUACAAUUCCAGCAGGGAUUGCCAAUCUGACAAGCUUGGUCGAGUUGACGAUCAUGGACAACCCGUAUAUGAGGGGUGCCAUGCCACACAGCAUCGGCCGGCUGAAGCACCUUGCUUCACUGCAACUAUCAGGUCUGGGGCUUAAUGGCACUAUACCAGAAGAGAUUGGUAACUUGACAAGCUUGAAGGAGCUCUAUCUGAACUCUGAUACUUUGACUGGAUCAAUCCCACCAACAAUUGGCAUGCUCACGAAGCUCCGCGUGCUGAGCCUGCCAGGCAACAAUCUGACAGGGAACAUCCCACCUGAGAUUGGAAACAUGACGGAACUGCAGGCGUUUCUCUUUUCAAAUAACUUUUUGGAAGGGGAACUACCAGGUACCAUCUAUCAUUUGACAAAACUGAAAAUUCUCUAUCUAUCACAAAACCGGCUCGGAGGCCAUAUUGCGGCCGAGCUUGGGAAUAGCAGUCUACUGGAUACGGUCGACUUUGGAAGGAACAACUUCUCCGGGGUUUUCCCGUCAUCCAUUUGCGUAGGAGGAGCACUGCACAGUAUCAGUGCUCAAUAUAAUGGUUUUACUGGCAUUCACCACCGGACCUUUCAAAACUGCACAACCCUGCAAUAUGUUGACUUCACUGCAAACAACAUUGUUGCGAACCUAAGGGACUGUUUUGCCGAGCAUCCAGGGUAUCUUCGGAAGAUGUCAUUCAGACAAAACCACCUGUAUGGCACAUUUCUGACAGAUCUUGGCGAGGUAUUUGUUAGUAACUACACCUAUUUAUUCUUCCUGGACCUAUCAAACAAUGCCUUAGAUGGAGAUCUCUCCAAGUCUUCUUGGGACAUGCCAUAUUUGGCAUUCAUGGAUCUGUCAAGCAACUCUUUCAGCGGUGUAGUUCCAUUCUCCUGGACAUGUGAUAGUCUUAACUAUCUGCACCUAGCAAAUAAUCACUUCGAGGGAACCUUUCCUUUGUUUCUUUUGAAAUGCAAAACCCUUAUCACUCUAGAUCUUGGUGGCAAUAAUUUCUCAGGUCCAAUACCUUCUUGGGUAAGCAAGAGCUUCCCUGGGCUCAAGUUUCUUAGGUUAACAUCAAACAUGUUUGAUGGUGUUAUACCCCACCAGAUAUUGCAAUUUUGCCAACUCCAGGUAUUGGACUUGUCAAAAAACAAGCUCACCGGGCCCAUUCCAAGUGAUUUUACGAAUUUUACUGGCAUGACACAAGAACCGAAAAACAUUGAGAACGCAUACUCUGACCACUACAUGUAUGCAGAGCGGAUUGAAAUUGUUUGGAAGAAUGUGGAUCAUGUUUACAAUAUUAUGAUAGCAGCGAUGGCGGGUAUCGACUUAUCUGGAAACUCUCUUACACUAGAGAUCCCAAAUGGGCUCACAAGCCUUCUUGGCCUCAGGUACCUGAACUUAUCAGGAAAUCAUUUAUCAGGUUCUAUUCCUGAAGACAUUGGCAAUCUAGUAUUGUUGGAAUCCUUGGACCUUUCACGGAAUAAGCUUUCGGGGGAAAUUCCUAUAGGCCUUGCAGGUUUGAAGGACAUGAGUUCUCUGAACCUCUCGAGCAACGGUUUAUCAGGGAGGAUACCUACAGGCAGCCAGCUGCAGACGCUUGUAGAUCCAUCGAUAUACAGAAGUAAUCCAGGGCUAUGUGGAUUCCCGUUGAAGGACUGUGUAAACUCAUCGACACUGACACAAACUGAAACGAGUCAGGCGGAAGAUAGAGAGACACUCUGGUUUUAUUGCUUUGUGGCUGCUGGGUUCAUUUGUGGGUUCUGGUUGUACUGGGGCAUCUUCUUGUUUAGCAGCGAGACAUGGAGGUUUGCGUUCUACCAGUAUGUGGACAACAUGCAAGCAAAGGUAACCAAGAAGAUGUACAGCUGCAUGUCGCGUUUCCAGGCCAGCGGCUCUGAAUGA